AAAGUUACUUAUAAAUAAUCAAAGCUUAUUUGUUGCCUUAUCUUUGACUGAAAGAGACUUGACCCUCAAAGCCAGUUUGAGAAACUCUUGGCACCUGUUGUACCGUAAUGCUCCUAAUUCGUGCGCCCCCAUUUCUUUCCUUGGCUGUCUUUUAACACUAAACUUCCAAAUUGCGGCUUUAGUUUGUACAUUACGGUUAAUUUUACAGCUCCCACUGUUUGUUUUAUUGCUCCAGCUUGUCUCACACACUUCCUUCGUCCCGACUACUCUGCAGUGUGGACAGAAAAUAAAGAAACAAUGUCUGCUCUCCUCAGAAAGGUUAUAAACACCACGUCAGCCCCUGCCGCCAUCGGUCCAUACAGCCAGGCGGUGGUGGUGGACAGAACCAUGUACAUAUCCGGUCAGCUGGGGAUGGACGUGGCCUCUGGUCAGCUGGUGGAAGGAGGAGUUCAGGCUCAGGCCAAACAGGCUCUUGUCAAUAUGGGGGAAAUCCUUAAGGCUGCCGGCUGUAACUACAGCAACGUGGUGAAGACCACGGUGCUGCUUAAAGACAUUAACGACUUCAACAAUGUCAACGAGGUCUACAAGACAUUUUUCAGCAGUAACUUUCCCGCCCGGGCCGCCUACCAAGUGGCUGCUCUUCCCAGAGGCGGUCUGGUGGAAAUCGAGGCGGUGGCUGUUCUCGGCCCUCUGUCCGACUCCUGACUGGCCGACCACAUCCCAAACAAGCUGUAGUCCAACCACCAAGUGUCCUUUUUAGAUUUACUGUGAAGGCAUCGUUGUAUUUUUUACCAACAUAUAGGACAUUGAGACUUGAAGCCCAGAGGCACUCGAUGGUUUGUGGUGGGGUUUUUUAACAUUCCACCCCCCCAUAACAGGAGGAUGCGUCUCACAGGAGCUAAUUCUGGUUCCAUAUACGUAAAACAAAUGAACCAAUAAAGUGAUGAAUCACCCUGAAAUA